AUGAAUCAAAUAGAUUUUUCAUCAAAAAGUAGUGAUGAAACUAAUUCAAAUUAUUAUUGUUAUUCAAUCUUUUUAUUUGUAAAUCCAACAUCUGGAGGUAACAAAGCUAGUAUAUUUACAAAAGCUGGAAUGGAAAUGUUUAAAAUAUCUGAUCCUGUAUCAGCAUCUGUCUAUAUAUAUGAUAUUAGAGAUGGAACAAAAGGUAAUAAACCCGGAUUUCUAAAAGUGAAAAAGAUUAUUGAGAAAUCAGAUGGGAGUAUGCCUGUAUAUAUAAUUGCUGCUGGAGGGGAUGGUACUGUUAUGUGGUGUGUAAAUGAACUUGAAGCAACAGGAAUAAAUUUUGAAUAUGUAGUCAUUGGUGUAAUUCCUUUUGGAACAGGUAAUGAUUUUUCUAGGGCUUUAAAUUGGACAACAAUAUUAGAUAAUCCGUUUGAUAAUGGAUUAGCAAGAUUUAGAAGUAUGAUACAGGGAUGGAUUAAAGCAGAGAUUUCAGAACAUGAUAUUUGGACAAUAACUGCUACAGUAGAUGAUUAUGGAAGUUUUUAUAAAAUUGAUUCAUAUUCUAGAAAAAAAAAAGUUGUUAACAUCAAUAAUAAUAAUACAGAAUAUAAUAAUGAUCAAUAUAAAGAUAAUGAAAUAAAUAUAAAUAAUACAUUAAAUUUUGAUAUUCCAAAAACUUCUAAUAUAGCAAAAAAAUUAACAUUUCAUAUGUCCAAUUAUUUUAGUGUUGGUAUUGAAUCAAGAAUUGGUAUUGGAUUUGAUAUUAAUAGAACAAAGAAUGCCUCUUUAAAUAAAUUUAGAUAUGGAAUUGAAGGUAUAAAAAGUACAUUGAAAAGAACAACUGCAGUAUGUGACUUAAUUGAUAAAUGUACAGUAGUAGUUGAUAAUAAUGAAACAAAUAAUGAUACAAACAAUUUAGCAAAUAACCCUAAUAAGGAAAAGAUAAUCUUUGUAACAGAUAAGAGAAAAAAAUAUAGUAAGAAUAUUUGUUCUUGUAUAAAUUCUAGUAUAGAUAAUAUUUCAGCUAAUCAGGAAAUUGAAGAAUUUCCAUUAACACCAUUAUCAUCUAUAAUUGUUGAAGAUUCACCUCCUAUAUUGUUACCUUGCACCUCCCUUAUAUUUAUUAAUAUCCCUUCCUUUGCAUCUGGAAAUGAUAUUUGGAAAUAUUGCAAAGGAAAUUGUGGGAUAAAAUAUAAGUGGAAAAGUAAAGAAAUUGAAUCUAUGUUAAUAAGUAAACAAAAAAUGGGUGAUGGAAUGAUUGAAUGCAUAUCUUUUCCAUCAGCUGUUUCAAUUGGAUUAGAAAUGGCUGUUAAAGGUAAUGGUAGACGAAUUUUUCAAGGAAAAGGUCCUAUUAAGCUUUAUUUUAGACAGAAAAAUUCCCAUUCAACUUGUAGAAAGGUAUAUUUCCAAGUAGAUGGAGAAUAUGUAAUUGCUUAUUAUCCAUUAUAUUUUGAAAUAUGUUAUAAAAGAAAAAUAAGGGUUUUACUUGGGAAUUUAGGAAAAUCUUCAAGUACUUUAAAUAUUUUCAAACAUUAA